UUUUUCUUGUAAAUUUGUUGGAGUUCAUUGUAGGUUCUGGGUAUUAGCCCUUUGUCAGAUGAGUAGGUUGCAAAAAUUUUCUCCCAUUCUGUAGGUUGCCUGUUCACUCUGAUGGUAGUUUCUUUUGCUGUGCAGAAGCUCUUUAGUUUAGUUAGAUCCCAUUUGUCAAUUUUGGCUUUUGUUGUCAUUGCUUUUGGUGUUUUAGACAUGAAGUCCUUGCCCAUGCCUAUGUCCUGAAUGGUAUUGCCUAGGUUUUCUUCUAGGGUUUUUAUGGUUUUAGGUCUAACAUUUAAGUCUUCAAUCCAUCUUGAAUUAAUUUUUGUAUAAGGUGUAAGGAAGGGAUCCAGUUUCAGCUUUCUACAUAUGGCUAGCCAGUUUUCCCAGCACCAUUUAUUAAAUAGGGAAUCCUUUCCCCAUUGCUUGUUUUUGUCAGGUUUGUCAAAGAUCAGAUAGCUGUAGAUAUGUGGCAUUAUUUCUGAGGGCUCUGUUCUGUUCCAUUGGUCUAUAUCUCUGUUUUGGUACCAGUACCAUGCUGUAACCAAACAAUUUUUUAAAGAGAAGUUCAUCAAAUGCUUUUUUGCCAACCAAAAAAAAAAAAAAGAAGAAAAAAAGAUAGACAAUCUUUUCUUAAAAAAAAAUGUUUCUUUUCUAAUUGUUUUCUUUUCUAAAAACAUAAGUCUGUAUGCCAAAGAUAAAGCUUUGAUGACUGUACACACCCUGUCUUCUUCCAUAGUAGCUGUUAUUACUGCUGAGCCUUCUGAAAAGUGUUUAAGGAGUGAUAACAAGGGACCCUAGAGAAUCUGAGACUUUUCGUUGCUAAACAAAAAAUCAGAACCACGCUUGAGACGUUAUACUACUAAGACAACAAGAACAUUUGUCUCAUAUCAAACAAAAGACAGAGUCUGCUAACUGCAGUGAUGGCCAGAAGAGACAGCCUGCAAGUCUAGUUCAUCCUUAUGAAGAAAACAGGAUCUGAAAAAAACUCACACCUCGAAAUCAUCUCUUCUGUGUGAUGGGAUAAGAGAAAAACCGAGGGCAAAAUGCAAAUUCACAUGCAACUAGAAAUCACAAUUAAAAAUCUAUAAUGUAUGAUAUGUGCUAAGCUUUACAAUAAGAGUCUAUGAGAAACAGCUUACUUCCUACCAGCCAGGACAAAAUAUUCGCACACUGUUAUACAAACAAAUCUUCCUAGCCAUACGGUAGUUCCCUCUGAUACAGCACUCUGGGCAGAGAGCAAUAAACAAAAUCCAGACAGGAAGUAGCCAGAAAAAAUAAAUGGCAGAGCUUUCUGGCAGUAUCCUCCUGUAGAGAAACAAGAGACAGCUUUUUAUUUUAAUAAAAUUAUCUUAGAACCCAGGCCCUAAAAUUACUUAUUAAUAUGAUUCCCCACAGAGGUGGGGAAGUUAUAAAUGAGGUUGUAGUGUUUUGGCUCCAUUCCUAGAGUCAACAUCAUGAAGUGAACUCUAUUUACUGACCACUGACAACUCCAGAAUCAAAUUCCCAUCCAGAAUGAACAAUUUUGACCUACCCCCUAGCGGGUGCCCUUUCUGAAGUCUUUUCUCAUUUUAAGGCAUAUGGAUUUGUGCUAACGGAAAUUCCACGUAAAAAUUUCAACCUACCAAAAUGAGUGCAUUCUUUCCACAGAAGAAUGUUUGAAGAAACUACAGUUGCUUUUAAGUUAAGAUUGACAGGCCAGGCAUGGUGGCUCAUGCCUGUAAUCCCAGCACUUUGGGAGACCGAGGCGGGUGGAUCACUUGAGGCCAGGAGUUCAAGACCAAUCUGCCCAAUAUGGUGAAACCCUGUCUCUAAUAAAAAUACAAAAAAUUAGCUGGGCAUGGUGGAGCACACCUGUAAUUCCAGUUACUUGGGAGGCUGAGACAGGAGAAUCGCUUUAACCCAGGAGGCAGAGGUUGCAGUAAGCCAAGAUCACGCCACUGCACUCCAGCCUGGGAAACACAGUGAGACUCUUUUUCAAAAACAACAACAACAACAACAACAAAAAACUUUAACAAUACAUUCAAAAUUUACUUUCCUAACAUGGAUAUCUAAACAAUACAUUAAGCAAGAUAUAAUAUUGCAUGAUAUGCUCUGGUGCUGUCUGUGAAUAAUAAUGCCUCUUAAAAGAAUAAUAAUGCCUCUUUAAAGGUGUUGUGUCUUCCCCGCACUAGGCCCAGCUCUCCUGCCACAGCCCCUCACCCCCUGAAAAUGUACACCUGCUCCAAGUUCGUCUCCACUCCCUCCUUGGUCAAGAGCGCCUCACAGCUGCUAAACCAUCUGCUACCUGCAGUGGUGCUGAAACGACCAGAGACACUGACAGGUGAGAACCUCAGCAGCUUGGCAGUCUCAUGUCCCCUUACCUCGCUUGUCCCUGGCCACAGCUUCGAAAGCAGCGCCAUUUCAAGGGACAUCGACACAACAGCCAAGUUCAUUGGGGCUGGGGCCGCCAUAGUUGGGGUGGCGGGCUCUGGGGCUGGGAUUGCAACUGUGUUUGGGAGCCUCAUCAUUGGUUAUGCCAAGAACCCUUCUCUGAAACAACAGCUCUUCUCCUACGCCAUUCUAGGCUUUACCCUCUAG